CUCCGCGUGUAAACAGUGUCAUAACGCGGUUUAAACUCGUUUUAUUGUUUUUUCAGGUGAAUGAAUGUGGCGACAUGCUCGCGGGCGGGUUGUUCCGGCUGUGCUCCUCCUGUAGAGGUGUAGUUUCGGGUGUAGCGCGGGGCUCCGGCCGGUGGAGGACAGUCCAGGGACGGUCGCGGCACACCGGCUGGCUGGAGCUGUACGAGCGGGAGUCGGUGCAGCGGUACCUCCGCCGCCUGCUGGAGGAGCACGAGGAGCUGAGCCGCAGGCUGCAGCGCGCGGGCCCGGAGGAGGCGGAGCGGAGGCUGCUGGCGGAGCGGCGGCGGAGGCUGCUGCCGGUGGCCGCCGCCGCCAGGAGGCUGGAGGCGGCGGGGAGGGAGAGGGAGGAGCUGGCGGCGCUGCUGGACGACCCGUCCGGCUGUACAGACGCUGACCUCACUCGGCUGCUGAAGGAGGAGGAGCAGCAUCUCUCCAGGAGGACGGCCGUGUUGAGGGAAGAGGUCAGAGGUCACACUGCUUCCACACAGCUCUCACCCUGUUUCAACAACCUUCUCCUCCGUCCUCAGUUAAUCCAAACCCUGGUGCCGGGCGACCCUCUGGACGGCAGCGCCGUGGUGCUGGAGGUGGUGUCGGGACGCACCACUGGAGGUGACGUCUGUCAGCAGUUCACCAGGGAGAUGCUGGACAUGUACCGGGGCUACGCUGACUACAGGAACUGGGACUUUCAGGUGUUGAACUACAGCCCCGCUGAGCAUGGCGGCCUCCACCACGCGGCGGUCCGCGUCGCCGGGGACGACGCCUACCGCCUGUUGAAGCACGAGGGCGGGACGCACCGCGUCCAGCGCAUCCCCGAGGCGGGCCUGUCGUCCCGGAUGCAGCGGAUCCACACGGGGACGGCGACGGUCGUCGUGCUGCCGGAGGCGGGGCAGCUGGACGUUCAGAUGGACCACAGGCAGCUGCGGGUCGACACCUUCAGGUCCCGGGGGCCCGGAGGCCAGAGCGUCAACACCACGGACAGCGCCGUGCGCGUCGUGCACCUGCCGACAGGGAUCAGCGCCGAGUGCCAGCAGAGCCGCUCCCAGCUGAAGAACCGGGACGGCGCCAUGCGCGCCCUGAGGGCCCGGCUGCAGCAGAGCAUCAUGGGAAAAGAGACGGAGUCCAGGCUGGCCGCCCGGAGGCAGCAGGUGGGGAGCCGCGCUCAGGCGGAGAGGAUUCGAACCUACAACUUCAGCCAGGACCGGGUGACAGACCACCGGACGGGGUACAACACCCGGGACAUCAAGGAGGUGAUGCGGGGCGGCGAGCCGCUGCACCACCUGAUCCAGGACGUCCUCCAACACUCGGAGAGACGAGCUCUGCUGGAGGCCGCCGAGUCGCCACGGCAACCGGCCCACUGACUCAACCCUGAUGCUUCUGAUAAAAACACUGACUCCAGACAGUCAAUCACACCCUGUGACGGUGUGAGAAACACUCCGUCUCCAUGGAAACGAAGGAGAACUUGGAUUUUGGAAAACGGUUUACGGCUGUGAUCUGCAGUCUUUUCGUUCCUGCGUGCCUUCUGACAGCGUUCUCUGCAGAGCUGCCGCUCCGCUGCGUCCUUAGCAACCAGUCACGGUUGCUAAGGACUCUGACCUCCGACCUGGAAGGAAGUUGAUGUGCGUCACGGACUGAUUUUUUUCAUCAAGAACAGAGUUUUGCUCUUUAUCUAAUAAUAAUUGUACACACAUUUUUCUUCUGUGCAAUUAAAUAAGAACUUCAUUUUAUAUUUAAUAUUUAUUUGUUUUCAAUUCAGCACUAUUUCAAUACUGCUGGAACAAGUCGAUUCCUCCUCUGCUGUAAAUCUAUCAAUAAAACAAUCAAUCUGUCUGUCUGUAUUGAUAUAUUAUAUCAC